AUGUUUGAAAAAAAAGAAAAAGAAAGAAUUAAUAAUAAUUUGAAAAAUUAAAUGUUUACUCCACCAAACUUUGCUGCUCAUUCUGCCUUACAUAAAAUAACUAAAAUCAUGGCUAGAAUAUUUUAGUUAUAUGAUAAGUUAAAAAUUGAAAGUACAAUAGAAAUACCUAAGUCAAAUUAAGUAAGAAUUUUAAUUCAAUUUAGAAAUUAAGUAAAACACUAAAGAACCUUUAUGUAAUGAAUCUAAAUGAUGAAACUCUCAUCUUAGCUUUUUAUUUUGUUGAUUAAAUAACUAAAAAGCUAAGAAUUUUUCUUAACUUAGAAAAUAGUACUGGAUUAUUAAUUGGAUCAAUUAUAAUUGCUGAUAAAAUUCUAAAUGAUUAACCUAGAAAUAUUGAGAAAUAUAAAUUGGCUAGUGGACUCAAAAAAGAAUAACUUAUUUAAAUAGAAACAUAUUUUUUAGAAACUUUAGAUUACAAUCUAUUUGUUUCUGAAGAAAAUUUCUAAAAAUACUAUAAAAGAGUAUAAGAUUAUUGA